AUGUUUUUAUUAAGUCCAAAAAAAAUUGAAGAUUUUAUAAACCAAACGAAAAAUCUGGUUUAGAUUACAAACUUUUGGUAUUUUUAUUUGAUAUAUUUUUAGUAAGAAACAAUUUCAAGCUAACAUUCGAAUAUUACGUAUAACUUCAUUAACAAAUACGAAGUAUAUUAAAUGAAUAUUGUGCUAAUAUAGGGAAUGA